AUGGCCGACGCCGACCGUGACUCGGAUCUAGGAGACGAUAGUCCCGUAAUUUGGAAUUGCGGGAUUAGUUUGAAAAGAGAAUCAGCGCGGUCUGAGGGCGACUCCUCAGGUGAACAAUCGUGUGAGAGCUCCGACGAAGGCGUGGGCCGAGACGCACCGGCUAAUCACCAGGCGCCACUCGCCCCAAUGCACCAGCCCCACCAGCCUCAUCACACCAUGAAUCACCAUGCAACCAUGAACCAUCAGAUAAACAACCACCAGUUAAACCAUACACACCAGAGGAACUCGCCCCGACCGCUUGAACGCGAGUUGAAAGUGCGUGAUGACUUCGAAUCGCUGAAGACUUCAUUACAUCCUCACCUUUCGUCCUUGGCAUCGUUGGCCCAAGGAGCACCACUGUCGACCCCCAGCAGCGUAUUUGCUCUCGCUGGAGGGGGAGGGAACUUCCCAUAUGCCCCCCCAGCAUUCCUUGCCCCCGCACCGCCACCCCCCGCCCAGCCUGCAGGAUCAGCCUCGUCCUCGUCGUCCGAAGGUAGCGCGGCUGGAUGGAGUUUCGAAGAACAAUAUAAGCAGGUCCGUCAG